AAGGUAAUUUACUAAUUUAUCGCUAAACGACGCCAAGGAUACGAAAACGACUGUUCCCAGCUUGAACUUGAUGGUUAGUGAAUUUCUCUGUAAUUUUUUCCCCAAAAUUUUCAUCUCUCCCCAAAGCCAUAGGGGAACACGCUCCCUGCCCAAUUUCCGGCGACUUCACCCAAUCUUCGUUUUUCUUCGUCGGCAAUUACCGCUUCAACAAUCCAGAUCUGAGUGCACAUGAACCUUUGGGGCAUUUGGGGCAACCUUGAUUUGGGUUUUGAAGUGCUCCAAGGAAACUGGGGUCUCUAAAUUUGGUGCCUUUUGUCUAAUGACGAGUGGUGUUGCGUCAAUUGCGGAGAUUUGAGUAAGUGGGUCGCUGCUACAGUGGAGGAAGUUUGAGAAUUGGGUUUUGAUUCGUUUGAGGAAGUUUCGGGGAGGACUAGGUUUGUGUGAGAGAGUUUGUUGGGUCGGCGUCAUGUUCUAUGGUGCGGUGGUAUGGGACCCUUGGCUUAUUGUUGCUCAAAUUGUUUGUCUUCAAUGUUUGUACUACAUCACCCUGGGGUUGUUGUUGUCGAUACUUGUUGGCACACGCGUGUCUCGGAUGAGCCUCGUGUAUUUCUUUGACUAUGUUGCGGUUACUACCACUACCGUCACUGGUUGGUGUGUUAUUGCUUCAUUUCUGCUCAGCUCAGUUGCAGGGGCGGUGUACAUGUUUUAUUUGAUUGAAAGAUCAAAGAAGUGCUUGGAUUUUUCAGCAACACUCUACAUUGUCCAUCUUUUUAUAUGCAUUGUGUAUGGGGGUUGGCCCUCCUCUUUAACAUGGUGGAUUGUGAAUGGUUCUGGAAUUGCAGUGAUGGCUUUGCUAGGUGAACGUCUGUGCAUAAAGCGUGAACUCCAGGAGAUAUCAUUAACACGAUAUCGUUCAAAUGUUUGAUUGGCAGAAGUACUUUUUAAUUCAAGAAAGAAGUGCUGCAGAAUGGUAACAACUUUUGCUUCUAUAUAUGGGAUGAUCUACAAGAUGAAGCCCAAGAAGUGAAUAGUUCUAUUCGGCCAUUGAACCUACAUGUCCUUUAUUCUUUAGUUGCAAUAGAAUUGAAACAUAUAUAACCAAGACAAGACUAGGUACAUAAUUUUUCAGGAAUUUCUGGAAGUCUUAACUCUUAAUGUAGUUUAUUUCUAUUCUAUUUGGAUUUUCCCGCCAUAUAGUAUUGUCGGUUAAGGUGAUGCAUUUGGUUGAUAGAGUUUCUAUUCUUUUUACCCUUUUUGUGAGUUUUCGGAUCUGUUUACAAUCAUGGAAUUAUAUGUUACUUCUUUCUGUCCCAUUACUUUUAAGGAGGUUGUUAUAUCAGAUAGCAGAAUGCAGAAUGAA